UCCCCAUCCACGCUCUGCGCUGCUACUUCCCCAGCACACCAGCCCCAUACAGACAACCAACCAUGUUCGCUUUGAGGUCCUCGGUUUCGAGGAGAAGUGCCAUGCGCGCGUUCUCGACGGCGGCGAAGAACCCUUCGGUGUUUUUCGAUAUCAACAUCGGGGGAGCCGCGGCCGGGAGAGUGGUCAUGGAGCUGCGGGCGGACGUCGUGCCUAAGACGGCGGAGAACUUCAGGCAGCUUUGCACGGGGGAGAAGGGUUUCGGUUACAAGGGCUCCUCCUUCCACAGGAUCAUCCCGCAGUUCAUGUGCCAGGGAGGGGAUUUCACCAACGGGAAUGGCACGGGGGGGAAGUCCAUCUACGGAAGCAAGUUCGAUGAUGAGAACUUCGAGCUCAAGCACACGGGACCAGGCGUCCUCUCCAUGGCCAACGCCGGUCCGGGAACGAACGGGAGCCAGUUUUUCAUUUGCACCGUGAAGACGGACUUCUUGGAUGGGAAGCACGUUGUGUUCGGCGGCGUUACGGAGGGAAUGGACGUCAUCCAGAAAAUGGAGGCUGUAGGUAGCUCCCCGCUUGGUACGACGUCGAAGGAUGUCAAGAUCGAAGACUGCGGGGAGCUCGAGUAAAUUGACGGGCGGGCAGCUCGAAAAAUCGUAUGGAGUGGAGAAGGACCCAUGUGUCUGAUUAUUUUUCACUCUCGGGCCAUCUGAGACACUUGUCCGCUUGAAACGGAGGACCACUAGACAGGAGGUGGCGCAUGGGCUACGCCCCCUCCGUCAGUGGAGGGAUUCAAUGGUCAUGGGCCUUGGUUUAUCUGGCGUAUGGUUAGCCGCGGCACCAUGGGUUUUUGACGAGUUGACUAAAUAGUACUGCGUUGGCUGAGGCGACAGACAUUUGAAGCACAUGCGCGUGCUGAGGGAGGCAUGGAGAAUAAAGGCCAAUUAAAUGACGAGACGACGCCUGCGAUAUGUUCAAGUAGCGUAUAUUUUCUUCGGCCUCCGAUACGCUAGCAAGGUGGUGGACACCGUGCAUGACGCCCCAUGUCACUCCCUGGAACACCCCCUGUAUUUUGUCCUCCAAAACCACUCGGUCUCUCUGCGUCACAUGAUCCUUGGUUUUACACCAACCGUCAAUCAAGGAAAUUCUUUCCCGACGGUUUAUGAUUGCGCCGCAGGGGGUACUGACCAACCACGACAAUACGUGCCACUUUUCCCUCGCUCCAUAUAUGUUGGUUUUUGUACUGGAGGGGGGGGUUGGAUCGACCAACAUCCAAGUGGUUUCCUACGUCUUACACUUGUGUUCGCCAUCGCUCCCUCCCCGAGGAAGAGGUGCCGUU